AUGCAAAUCACCGCAGCCACUUUCGCUCUCUUCGCUGUCUUCGGUCUUGUCUCAGCUGCUGCUGUUCCUGAGCCGGAGCCCCUCAACAUUGUUGAGAGAGAUGUGAACGGACCAGUUCUGCUUGGCCGCGCAUUCACCUGCGGUGCAGACGACCCUGCGAUCUGUUGCGCCUGCCGUGGUGGCCAGGGAAUAUGCGUCAACCUGCGUUGUGAAUGCGUUGGCGGAAACUGUUAA